AUGUCUACGGGCGGCGGAGCUGGUUAUAACCCAGAACAGGUCAUCAACCAAGACAAGAACGACAAGGGCUUCAUGGGCAAGCUCAAAGAUGCCCUUAAACCCACCAAGCAUAGCUCCGUGGGCCCAACGGCCGGGCAACCGGCGACGGGCGUGGGAGAGGCGCACUACAGCCGGCCGCAGGAGGGCCCGGCCAUGACCGAGACGCAGAGGGAAGAUAAUAUGCCGAGCUACUCUGGCAUGCGGCACCAGGGCCAGGACACCACCAGCGGCAUCACCAAUGCGCUCAAGCCGGGCACGGAACCCAGCGCCUAUAGCCGCGAGGCCAAUGCGGUGCGCGAGAUGACGGAUCCAAUGACAAAGUCCACUCCCAGCAUCAGUAAGAAGCUGGAAGGAGGACUUGGAUCCGAUCCGGGCUACAUAGAGUCCAAUAAGAAGUUUCUGAAUGCUCCUUUCCCAAGAAUCGUCGUGCAUGAAAGCGAUCGCAUUGUCGUUAAGAUCGCAGGAAGAUACAAACAUCCAGCCUUCUCGCGCUGGGCGAGAUUUGGAGCAAGCUCUUCUCGAGAAGGUAACACGCAGUACGAGAUCGAUGUCAAUGACAACUAG